AUUUACUUAAAUGAUUGAUAUUUAUUCGAAUGAUUAAAAGCGUCUGCAGUUGCAGCAAGAGCGGCAAAUAUUGUUAAAAUGAACUAAUACUGUAACUGUGUGGGUCGUAGAUAACACGGUUAUUGCAUUGGCUGAUUGGAGGUGAGAUCCAUCGUGGCUGACGCAAAAAUGUUGACUGUUAUUGUUUUUCUAUCCCUUGCAUUGGUCCACCAAUCCUUAGGCUCAGAGAAUAUUGACGAGCUUUUGAGGAAACAUCCCACCUGGUCGUUCAAGGUAGAGAGCGUCGAGACUGCUAUCAAGAACGCUCUGCAAAAAAACUCCUUGACAGGCCACAACUUGGAAUUGACGGAAGAAGUCCUGAGGGAAAAAUUGAGGAGGAAUUUGCCUGCCGGAGCCACGCACAUCGUGAGAAAAGUCGGUGAUCCAAAAUGGGAGUCCGAUCCAUCGAAAGUUCCUGGUACCUUCGAUGCGAGAGAAAAAUGGAAGCAUUGUGCUUCCCUGAUUGGCCAAGUUGAAGACGAGGGUCCGUGUCGCGCAGACGGGCCAUCUAUCGUUUCUUCCGUGAUGUCUGAUAGGUACUGUAUAUUCACAAAUGGUACUUUUAAAGAGAAGCUGUCUCAUGAGAUGCUUAUGGGCUGUGGAGAGCUUUGCACUGCUGGGUCUGCGCAAUAUCAGUCUUGGCGAUAUGGAACGGACUUUGGAAUCCCCACUGGCGGUCCUCAUGGAUCACAAAAGGGUUGCGUGCCUUAUACCUACCCUGCAUGUGAUCAUACCACUUAUUAUGAUGACUACCCUGGCAGAAAGAAUAAAAUAAACGAAUGCAAAGGACAAAUGGUCUUCGACCACGACUGUCCUAAGAAAUGUACAAACGAGAAAUACAAAAAACCUCUCGACAAAGAUCGGGUAAAAUUGUCAACAUAUUACUACACGUCUGAUCACGAAUUUGCUAUCCGAAGUGAAGUAUACGCGUAUGGUCCUGUCGUAACAAAUGUAUUAUUAUACGAUGACUUUUUGGAAAAGCCGAAUGGAAUUUUCCAGGCGAAGCAGGGUAGAAAACGCCUCGACGCAGAAAAGCUUAUAAAAAUCAUCGGUUGGGGUAAGGAGAACGGAACACUUUACUGGCUUUGCAUGCAUACGUGGGACUCAUGGGGUGACAAAGUUUUCAAAAUACCAAGAGGUGUCUAUUUCGAUUCAAUGGAGUGGGUCACCAUGACUGGAACCUAUUUGGAUAUCGGCAAUAACUAAUUAUGUUGGUUUCUCUGGUUCAAAUUUAGAGUGUAUGCAUGUUGCAUGCAACUCAUAUCAUCAUAACGACAUUACUGAGCGAAAAAGAUCCUUGCACAUCUACAAAGGUCAUUUUCAAAAUGUACAACAUGUAUCUACUCCAUUGAUAAAUGGACUAUGCUUUAAAAAUAAAUAAAAAUAUCUCCAUCCAAGGUCCUCUUUACCUAAUCCCCGAGUCGUUGCAUGGUGAAGACUAUUAAAGGAUUUAUCUCGAUGAAGGUCCCAAAACAUGACAUUUAAAACAUCCCUAAAUUUGUCUGUAUUUUCAUGACAAAUGUCUGCUGACUUUUGGCCUGAAUUUUAAUUAAUUUGAGAUGUGUUGACAAAAAAAUUGUAUACUUGUACACGUACUUAUUGAUCUGUAUUCGAUUUCAUUAAUUGAAAUAAACAGGCCCCAUCCUUUCAUA